AUGUCUCGAAUCAGCGAACAUGACGCGACCAAGUUCCUCCUGAGCUGCGUCCGCCACUCCAACAACGGAAAGAUCAACUUCGAAGAAGUCGCCACCGAAUGCGGAAUCACCUCCAAGGGAGCAGCAGCCAAACGCUACGAGCGCCUCGUCAAAGCCCACAGCUCCACCACCAAGGCCGCCCCAUCCACCAACGACGAAAACGCCAACGCCAACGCCAACACUGGAGCGGCGGAGACCCCCAAGAAGGGGCGUUCUCCCGCGAAACGUAAGACUGCGACUGCGUCCGCCAAAAGAGCGGCUAAGAAAGCGAAGGGGAAUUCGGGUGGUGCUGCCGAGGCCGAAAAUGAAGAAGUGGUAUCUAACAAUUUGUCGAAGAGUGAGAUGAAGAAGCUGGAUGACGAGCUGGAUGCUGCGAAUGUUAGUGAGGAUGACUACGCUGCUAGUGAGAAGACGGUGUCUGGUGAGAUCUCUGAGGGUGAGAUGAAGAAGUUGGAUGAGGAGCUCGAUGCUGCGGAGGGCUCCAACUUGUGUUUAGGAAGGGCGUCUAGGCUGGAGAAUACUGGAAAGUGA